UUAAAAUAUUUUUUUCUUAAUCACUGGAUUUAUAUCUAUACUUAUUCACCUGUUUAUUUGAAAUCCUUUCUCAUUUAUUUUAGUGUUGAUUUCUUUUUUUUUUUAUCAAACCAUCUCCAAGUUGUUCGUCCCUCACUUAUCCUAAAUUAUGGAUAUACCUAAUUUCGAAAUAUUUAAUUUUUUUUUUUAGUCUUAUGAAAAAUCAUUCAAAAAGAAAUGAGUUUAGUAAUAUUGAAUACAAUUUUAUCCAAACCAAAUGUUAUUUUUCAUAAUUCAUUUAGUUUUUAUAAUAUAUUUGCAAAAAAAAACUAUUCAACAGAUUCUUCAGAAUCAACUUCUCCAAAACUUCCCUCUUCAAAUAAUUUCAAUUUAAAAGAUUUUUCAAAACAAAUUGAUAAUUUAAUCAAAGAUUACCGAUUAAACAAGAAAACUGAAAUUAAAAAUCAAAAUCAGAAUAUCGAUCCAACUAUAAGUAUUAAUUCAAAACAAUCGCAAUAUAAACUAUCAACUGCACCUUCAGGUGUUCCAUUAUCAAAGCUUUUAUCUAAUACUUUUCCAUUAAGUUUUAAAGAAUCCUUUGAAGAUUUUAAAAUUCGAAAUGAAGCUUAUAAAGUUCAAGAUGAUUUAUUAUCGUUAUUAGAUUGUUAUCCACAUGCAAAUGAACUUUUUGAGUCGAAAAUUUUGAAAAUUCCAAUUAAUUUAGAUAAAAAUAAUAAUGUAAUAAAAAUAUCGGAAAAUGAUGAACAAUUUUUCAAUAAUGAUUUUAGUGAAGAUGAAAAAUUUCACAGAAAUAUAACCUAUCAAAAUUAUAUUAAUGAAUUUGUAAUCUACCCAAAGGGUAAGCAAUCUAAUGAUCCAAAUUUAAAUCAUUUAAUCUUCUUACAUGGAUAUGGUGGAGGAAUUGGUUUUUUUCUUAAGAAUUUUCAAAGUUUUUUAAGCUUUGAAAAUUCGAAUUGGUGUCUUCAUGCAAUUGAUUUAUUAGGAUAUGGUGUCUCUUCUCGACCUGAAUUUCGAUGUUCAAAUUUAUCUAAUAGCGAGGAUUUUUUUGUCGAUUCAUUGGAAAAUUGGAGAAAAUUAAGAAAAUUAAAUAACUCGGAAAAUAUAUUAAUAUGUGCUCAUUCAUUGGGAGGUUAUUUAAUCUCUGUUUUCAAUAUGAAAUAUCCCAAUAAAUUUCGAAAAAUCUUGAUGGUCAGCCCAGCAGGAAUAAUUAAACCAAGUAAAUUACCAGAUAUUCCAAAAUACUAUGACAUGUUAUGGAAUCAAAAUUAUUCACCUUUUAGCUUGGUUAGAUAUUUUGGGCCAUUGGGUUCGUAUCUUGUGAGUGGAUGGAGCUCAAGAAGGUUUGAUAAUUUAGAUAAUGAGGAAGAAAAAAAUCUACUACACAAAUAUGCCUAUAUCAUAUUCAAUUCAAAAGGAUCAGGGGAAUACAUUUUAAACCAUGUUUUAAGUGCUGGAGGAGUUCCAAGAUGUCCAUUAAUUGAUUUCAAAGAGAACAGAAUCAAAUACUUGACAUGCGAUACCACAUGGAUCUAUGGCGAAAACGACUGGAUGGAUGUUCGUGGAGGAUUCGAAGCAAUGAAGUUGCUUAAUAACAAAGUGGUCAAUGAGUCUGGUCGAACAAUUACAGCAAACGUGAAAAUUGUCAAAAACGCGGGACAUCAUCUUUAUUUAGAUAACACCCACGAGUUUGCAGAGAUUCUCAGGGACGAAAUGAUCGAGUUGGAAAACUAUUCUACAAUAAAUAAUCGAUAAUUCCAUGUACUAUGUAAA